GGCAGUAUAACGACGGAACGACAGGCAACCACAAUACGCAACAUGUAUCGCAAAACACGCAGGAUACUUACUCAGAAAUAGGCUAAACAAGUCGUAUUCAAGCAAGUUCCAUAUACUUUUCUCCACGGCACAUCCGACGACAUGAUGCAACGGCCAAGAUCGGGGACUCUCGGUUGGCGAGCGGCGCGCCCUAAGUAGCCGGAAAGUCAGCGAGCGGUCCAGGGGGCUGAGCCGCAUUGCAAUUCCUCCAUGCGCAUUCUCCGUAUAGCGCAACCAUAUGACGCUACCGAGGAGUCAGUGAUGCAACAUGGCUGACGGGCCUUGCCUUGUAUAAAACGCGUCCUGAGGCCGCAACAUCAGGCGAGGAUUCACGUCAAGUCCUAGUUCAAGACCAUCUAUCUAUCCAUCUGUCACACCGAGCAUAUUCUUUUCUACUUCCCAAAUGGCGUCUCCAUCAACCAGCUCUGUAUCCUUUCCCAGCCAAGCGGACCUCUUCUACUUCUGCACCACGGCCUCGACGUCCAGCGAAAACCUCAACAUACACUACGAUGCGCCUCCCUCUCGAGCCUCACUCCGCGUCGGCGUCAUCAUCUUCGGCAACGUCCAAGUCCAACUGCUCGACCUGGCCGCCAUCGACCUCGUCGCCAUGGUCAGCAAAAACAGAAUCGCCAAGCUGAAUCCCACGGCUGCUGCUCUGGACCACGCCGUGGACGAAAUCGAUAUUCGCUAUGUCAGUGAGACGGGGGAGGGCAGUUUCCCCGUUACGGCUGGCUCGCGGAUGCCGGUGACGAACUCCUUCGCCAACGCCCCCCAAUUCGACCUCAUCCUCAUCCCCGGCACCUUCUCCUCGUCGUCCAGCCCCUCGCUCCCCGCCUCGGCCUCCACCUUCCUAACCACGCAAUGCCUCAACCCAUCUCUCCUCGCCAUCAUGAGCAUCAGCUCCGGAAUCGCUUACCUCGUCCAAGCAGGCAGUCUGCACGGCACCCGCGCCGCCGCCCCGCGCUCCCUGCUACCCGUCCUGCAGCGCUGCUAUCCCCACACCCACUGGCUGUACGCCGCUUGGACCCGCCACGGCAAGGUCUGGAGUAGCAAUUCCCCCGUCUCGGCGCUCCACAUGGUCGCCGAGUGGAUGCGCGAGUACUUUUGGGAUCGCACUGAGGCCGUCGAGUGUGUGCUUGUUGCCGCGGGUAUGGGCUCGUUGCAUGAGUAUGAUCAUUGUGAUUACUGAAGUUUCCAACGAGGAUUGGUCAAGAGCAAUUGGCUCGCUGUUUGUUUGGUCUCUUUCUAUAUCUCUGUUUUUUUGUUGUUGUUGUUGUUGUUGUUGUUGUUGUUGUUGUUUUUUCCAAUUUCCUCGUUUUGUUCUGUCUGCGCAUUCCUCUACACUCCCCUUAUAAAGCUAUACCGUAUCUAUUUUCUCUCUUUCUUUUCAGUACGUGUUUUUUCUGUUUACGCAGGGCAUCGAGAAAGGCGUUAUUGUACAACAGUUUUCUUUCACAGGGGGUUUUGUAUUAUUUGGACGGGCUUUGUAUCUUGUAUCUCAGCCUUACUGGAUCGUAGCGGUCGGUUUUUUUACGAUAGCUCUCCACCACACAUGUAUAUCAAACGUAACAUUAGAACCACGGCAUACUUCCAUACAUUGCCU